AGGCGACCACUACAACGCAGCCACACACACUUGCUGGCAUCAUUGAUUGAUUUCCCUCGGCAUCGUCGCAUCAAAGCCCACGUGAGCAUGGUUGCCUCCGCUGUUAAAGUCUUUACUCUGGACGAAAUUGCCACGCACAACACGGAAAAGGACUGCUGGAUCGUGAUCGGUCGGGCCGGGUCCAAGAAAGUGUACGACUUCACUUCGUUCAUCAACAGCCACCCCGGUGGCCCCGAGUUGGUGCUGGACAAUGCUGGCACAGACGUGAACGACCUGUUCGAAGAUAUUGGGCACACUUCGGACGCCCUCGCCAUCAUGGACAAGCUGUGCAUUGGGACGUUGAAGGAGGAAGUUGCUGCACCCGCCAAGCCCAAACCCACCAAAGCUCCCGCACCAUCCGCCCCGAGCGACAACUUUUUCAUCUACGUGUGUGUGUUUGUCGUUGCCGCGGCUGCGUACCUCCAGUGCUAACGCCAUCAUGUUUCAUCGGUCUCCGAAUAUAUAUAUAUAACUAUCCAAAUCCAUUCGUCCACCAGUGCCUGCGACGAAAUACCUCUGGCAUGGAGGCUGCAUCUCGAGCAAGUUUGUUGCGCAGUCCGCGGAGCACGGAAAGCACAUCCACGUAAACAAAACAUGACCGACAUCGGAGGGCCAUCUCGUACUUGGAUAAAGCAUACUGGCACUUUCACAUGUUUCAAAUGUCAUCGCUCAGAUGGCUAAAAAUAC